CAUAUUUGACCCUUUUUCCCACACGAAAAAGAGGCAUUUGGUUGUUCCUCUUUAAUAGACAGGCAGAGAAAAAAGAAUUCAUCAGAACAAAAUCUAAUUCGUGUUUUGCCCCUCUAAUUUAAAAAAUUUCCAAUUUUAAACAUCUCUCAAUAAUUUGUAGUUUCUUUUAUUAUUCAGUUCUCUAUCCCUGUUCAAUUAUGGAUUCAAAUGUCCAUGAAAAUGAGUCUUUGAUUGCUCGGAUUCAACAACUGGAGCAAGAGCGCGGUGAGUUACAUAAAGAUAUCGAGCAAUUAUGUAUGCAGCAAGCCGGACCUAGCUACCUUGCUGUGGCUACUAAAAUGCAUUUCCAGAGGACAGCUGGAUUGGAGCAGGAGAUUGAGAAUUUGAAAAAGAAGUUAGUUGCUUGUACGAGAGAGAAUCUUAAUCUUCAAGAGGAGCUUUCCGAGGCUUAUAGAAUCAAAGGCCAACUGGCGGAUCUACAUCAUGCAGAAGUUGCAAAGAAUAUGGAGGCAGAGAAACAGCUGAAAUUUUUCCAAGGCUGUGUAGCUUCUGCUUUUGCUGAACGUGAUCAUGCUAUAAUGGAGGCUGAGAAAGCAAAGGAGAAGGAGGAGUUUGUGUCACAAAAGUUCAAUGAAUUUCAAAAGAGGUUAGAAGAGCUCUCCUCAGAGGGUGUUGAACAGAAGAGGCAAAAUGAAGAGCUGCAGAUUAAUUUUGCAAAGCAAGAAGAGCAGCAGGAAACAUUCAAGAAGGUUGUCAACAAGUUCUAUGAGAUUAGGCAGCAUUAUCUUGAAGAACCUGAGAAUGCAAGUUGGGAAGAUAAAUGUACCUGGUUGUUACAUGACUCAAAAGAUAUGUGGAGUUAUAAUGAUAGCUCCACUUCUGAAUACAUAAGUGCAUUGGAACAAGAGCUGGAGAAGGUGAGGAAAACUGUGGAUAAUCUUCAAAGUAAACUACGAGUGGGCUUGGAAAUAGAAAAUCACUUGAAGAAGAAAGUACGCGAACAAGAAAAGAAGCAGACUCAGUUGAACAAAAUGGUAAUGACUGGGUUAUCAUUGUUACGUCACUCCCAUUCUGAGCAUAGAGGUCACAUCGUGAAUUUACUGAAUGAGGAGAAACUGCAUAUGCAAUCAACUAUAAAUAUGCUAGAAGAAAGGAUCAGACAGGCUGAAGAAACUAGAAAGCAUAAUUUGGAGCUGUCUCAGGGAGUUGUUGACCUGGAUGAAAAUGAAUGUCGUGAUGUGCACAUCAGUAAUGACAUUGAUCCAGCUCUGAUGUCUAAGGAAACUAGACAUGGCUUUUGUGAUGCUGUGGAUAACAGAGAAGGGAAUUCUGAAGCCUUUGCACAGGCUUUGCAAGAAAAGGUUGCAGCAUUAUUGCUUUUGUCCCAGCAGGACGAAAGACAAGUACUUGAGAGUAAUGUGAAUGCAGCUCUACAGAAGAAAGUGGCAGAGCUUCAGAGAAACUUACUGCAAGUAAUCCCCCUUGUUGCGAAUGAAAAGGUUAAAGCUCUCAUGGAGCUGGCACAGUUGAAGCAGAAAUAUCAGCAAUUACAAGAAAAAACUGGCCACGGAUUACAAGAGGGAAAUUUGUCAGCUGAUAAAACGGAGAGAAGGCUCGUUGCUCAUGAUAAAGACGGUAGGUUAAAAAACCUGCUUAAAAGGACUUAUCUUAACCGUUGGAUGGGUACAUCAGGAUUUGGUGGAAAUGAAGAGGAAACUCACCCGACUAAUGAAGGGGAUUUCUUCGGCCAACUAUCCAGUGGCAUCGAUCAUGCCAGGAUGAAGAUUGAGAAUGCUACCCUCAGAGAGAGCAUGGAAAGCAUGGAGCACUUGACUUCUUCAAUACAUCGACUUCGUUUUGCUCUUCUAAAGGUCAAAGAGUCGAUUUCAUGUGAAGGUACAGUUGUUGGCGUAUCAGAUGCUCUUCACGAAAUCAUUUCCGAAGCUAAACGUUUGAAGACCGCCUUCAGCAGCUCUUUGCCAGUUAGUUGGUCGGCUGAUGCGGAAAUUGGCGAAACUGCCUACAGUGAUCCUGGUGCUUUACACGGGGACUGUAGCAGUGAGAAAAUAGACUCUGUUUCUUCGGCGGGAUUCGAAAUGGUAGAGCUACUGAUACUUGCAGCUCAGACUCUAGUGGACGAUUCAGCCAAAAAAGGUUCGCGAGAUGCAAGUUGAUUUUUUUCUGCUCUUCACAGUCUUGGUUUAUCGUAGACAUCGGAUGCCACAUAAGCACUUCAUCACUCGUUUGCACUAAAAGACGGAAUUCUUCUUGGCGACAGAAUAAAUGAAAAAUAUGCUCAACAUGACGGAAGAUAAUUAUUGUUGUAGGUUGUGAUUUUGUGGCGUUGGGUUGGUUGUGAUUUUGAAGCUGAACGAAGCAUCAACAUAUGUAUAUAUGUCUAGUAAUGUUUUUCCCAUGUUUUCUCCCGAGCACACUGUAAUUCAGAACACAAUCUGUUAUAGUAUUUCAAUGAAAUUCUGAAACCAUUUGUACUUCUUGUAUGAAAACUUGUCUGAGUUAUAUAGUUCGAUGUUUUAUUUUCA